AUGGAGGUGUACGAGAAAAUCGACGUUGUCGACCCGUUGAUCAACACCCCCCAGUUGGACUGUUACAAGGUGUGCGCAGAUUACAACAUGAAGCCGGGCAACCAUAAUCCGGAGAAGAAGGCCAAGUACUGGAUGUUUGAAGAGACAUGUCUGGACGCAACUGGAGGCAUCUGCGCGUGCUACAACAAGCUGCAGUGCAAGGACGACAAGAGCUACAGCAGCAAGUGGAUGGAGCCGGCUCAACAUAACGGCACUGCGGACUACGAGGUGCCGGCGAAUUUCACGGUGGGCGAGUUGUGCGAGGGCAAGGACAAGGGCGACCCGCACUUCACGGGCGCCGACGGGUCGCACUUCGACUUCAGCGGGAAGCCGAACCGCAACUACGCGCUGGUGUCGGACCCGCACUUCCAGAUGAACGGCUUCUUCGGCGGGCGCUACAGCCGGUGGAACGGCGACGUGAAGGCGCUGACGUGGAUCCGGUCGGUGGGGCUGAUGGCGGGACACCACACGGUGGUUCUGGAGGCGCGGCGCGGCGCGGAGGCGGAGUACGGCAACGGGUACCUGGCGCGCGUGGUGGCCGACGGCGUGGCGGUGGAGCUGACUGUGCCCGGCACGACGGUGCAGCUGUGGGACGGCGCGACGCUCAAGUGGGAGGCUGCGCGCAUGCUGAGCGGCACGGACCUUGUGGACGUGUACGACGUGAAGAUCGACGGCGUCGCCACCAUCCGCCUCACGCUCAGGCCCGAGGUCAAGAACCUCCGCACCGCCACGGAUGCCGCCGUGCACUUCGGCCUCGACGUGCUCUUCUCCUCCUUCUCCAAGGCCGUGCACGGCGUGCUCGGCCAGACGUUCCGCCCCGACUUCCAGGGCCGCCUGUCUCACCAGAAGCUGCAGUGGAGCGAUCUGCUACAGGUGAUGGUGGUGCCGGGCGACAACGCGGAGGGCUUCAUCGAUGGAAGCAUGGACGACUACGAGGUGGCGGACCUGCUCAAGGCGGACUGCAAGAUGUGCCGCUUCACGCGCGCCCACGCCGUGGACGAGGAGAUGUCCAUCGCCAUGAACAUGAUGAGGGGCAGCGCCGUCGGCGGAGGCCUGCCCGCUGCUCCUCGCAAAUACCUCGCACAGAGCUUCUAG